AUGCCUUACAGUGAUUCUGUGCUUACAGCCGCUAUUGGGUCGGCAUCCAAUAGCUGGACUAGACAGCAGUUUAUCGAAAGUGCACCCAAAACCAGUGUGCUGCUGCUAGUGAGCUUCAUCUUUAUUGUGUGCUGUAUGGCGGCGUACCUAGAGCGCUAUCGGCGUUUGGUUCGGCAUAUUAACUCGAUACCGGGACCGGCCACCCUACCGAUAAUUGGCAAUGCACUACUUAUCAACGCAGACCGGGAAGAACUCUUCAAUCGCAUCAUUGCUUCCCGGAAGCUGUACGGACGCCGGCAAGGUAUCACGCGCAUCUGGAACGGAAUGACUCCCUACGUGCUCAUAUCGCAAGCACAGGCAGUUGAGAAGAUCCUCAGCAGUACGAAAAACAUCGAAAAGGGUCGAGACUACGAAUUUUUGCAGCCCUGGCUCGGUACCGGGCUGCUGACAAGCCCCGCCAGCAAAUGGCAGCACCGACGAAAGAUCCUAACGCCCACAUUUCACUUCCGCAUACUGGCGGACUUUGUGGAAGUGUUCAACAAGCAGUCGGAGGUGCUGGUGGAGAAGCUAGCGCAAGAGUUGUGCAACGAGACAGGAUUCGACUGUGUGCGGUACAUAACGCUGUGCUCGCUGGAUAUUAUUUGCGAGACUGCCAUGGGAUGUCCGGUGUAUGCACAGCAGCAGUCCGAUUCGGAGUACGUUAGAGCGCACGAGAAAAUCGGGCAGAUAAUGCUGAACCGGCUCCAAAAGCUUUGGCUACAUCCGGACAUCAUUUUCCGCUGCACGGAGCAGUACCAGGAACAGCAAAAGUGUCUAGACAUCUUGCACAAGUUCUCGUACCGCAUGAUCACGGAGCGGCGAGCAAUUAUUCAGGCUGGUCACACCAAAGCCGGCCUGCCGGUGGACGCAAACAAUAAUAGCGAAGCUGAAGAGUCGCACCAACUCUCCAGCACUGUGCGCAAGCAGCUCGCAUUUCUCGACCUGCUGAUAGAGGCGUCCGAUGGUGGCAGAGUACUUUCCGACACGGACAUACGCGAGGAGGUGGAUACAUUCAUUCUUGGUGGACAUGACACGACCGCUACCUCCAUCUCGUGGACCUUAUUUCUGCUCGGGACUGAACCAUCAAUCCAGGCGAAGGCAGUGCAGGAGAUUGAGCACGUGAUGGGUGGCGAUAGUGCUCGUUGGCCAACAAUGCGCGAGCUGAACGAAAUGCGAUACCUCGAGGCGUGCAUUAAGGAAGCGCUCCGGCUGUAUCCGAGCAUUCCGAUCAUUGGCCGACGGUUGACCGAGGACGUACGGCUGGCCGAACAUGUGCUACCGGCCGGCACAAAUGCGGUCAUAGUGGUGUACCAGCUACACCGCGAUCCGACCGUUUUUCCCAACCCCGAUCGGUUCAAUCCGGAGCACUUUCUGUCGGAUACGAACGGCAGAAAAGCGCGUCAUCCUUUCGCUUACAUUCCGUUCAGCGCCGGGCCAAGGAAUUGCAUCGGGCAAAAGUUUGGCGCACUGGAGGCGAAGGCCGUGCUGGUGUCCGUACUGCGGCGGUACCGUGUCGAGGCUGUCGAUCGCCGGGAGGAUCUUACUCUGUACGGUGAGCUGGUGCUUCGUUCCAAGGAUGGUCUUAAGAUACGCAUUACCAAGCGAAAAUAA